CAGGGAACCAAUCAACGUCUAUUAUACUCCUAACCACUUACAACCACACGCAUAGGACAAUUCGAAUUAGCGGGCAGCCUUGAUGGCUUGUAUAAUCGAGCUCGUUUCUCCCAUCUGUUCCAAAACAUCGAAUUAAAUGGCUUCGCAAAGCUCUCUCAUAAGCCCAUCCGCCAGUAGUAGCACGAAUAUAUACAUUGUUGAACCUACGACUGCACACACGCAUACCAUUAUUCUUCUUCACGGGUUGAGCUCUAACGGAGAAAAGUUCGGCAAGGAGCUUCUGGAAACAGGCAUUACUUCAGCAAACCGAUCACUCGCUCAACUGUUGCCAGGGACACGUUUUGUCUUUCCCACAGCAAAGCGGCGCCGUUCGUCUGCAUUUAAUAGGGCGGUUCUCACGCAAUGGUUCGAUAUCGCACGUCUUCCCGACCCAGAGUACCGAAAACAGAUACAGCUUAAAGGUCUCGCGGAAUCUGCCGCAGAACUAGAACCGCUCAUACGUGAAGAGACUUCAAAGGUGUCUCCGCAGAAUGUGAUUCUUGGAGGGUUAAGUCAGGGUUGUGCCAUGUCGCUCUCAAUGUUACUUGCUCUCGAAUAUCCCCUGGGUGGAUUUAUUGGGAUGUGCGGUUAUUUGCCAUUUCGGACAGAUAUGGACGAAGCUAUUGCACAUGAUGAUAUGGAGAUGGAUGAGGAUAAUCCUUUCGCUACCGAGGCUGAAGGCCAGACAUCAUCAGAUGACCCAGCAGUCAAAACCCUCAUCUUUGAGCGAGAUCUUCUUUGCCUCUCAGCUAUACCGAAUCCCAAGAGGGAAAAUACGUCGCGGUCAACGCCAGUGUUCUUAGGCCACGGUGACGCAGAUGAGAAGAAGCCAUAUCACCUAGGUGAAGGCGCUUCUCUGACCAUGCAGACUGCUGGAUACGAGGUUGUGUGGAAGCUCUACCAGGGUCUUGGCCACUGGUAUAAGAUACCGGACGAGGUCGAUGAUAUUGUUGAUUUUAUUCAGAAAAAGGUCGGUUGGGAUAUAUCGCAAUAGAAGUAGCGAAGCCAGCCCCUAUACAAAGCCUUCCCGAACCUCGCACUCAGUCCCACUUGAAUGACUCUCAACCCAGACUAUUUCUAUUAAUAGGGGCCUAGACCUAAUAGAAUUUUAUGUCACAUGACCCCAUGUGUAGAAAAUGGUUGUUAGGAUAGGAUUUAUGUUAAUUGUUAGUUAAGACAUGCACGCCCUUUGGGAUUUGGUCAUAUAUCGCUUCAUGAUAUAUGCACCUUGUAAGAAUCGGCGGUCAAUUCC